AUGGAAAAUGUAAGUAUGGAUAAUAAAUUAAAAAUGAUUAAUACAAAUAAUAUUCAUAAUAACAUGACAACUUCAAUACAACAAGUAAUGGAAACAACAGAAAAUAAUAAUAUAAUAAGUACUAAUGCCUUAUGGACUGAAAAAGAACAAAGGGUUACAGUUAUUAUAGUCGUAGCGUUAGUAACAAUUAUCACAAUUUGUGUAAUUUUAAUUAUUCUACGAACAUUGAGAAAGAAAUCAAAUAAAAAAUCCAGUGGAAUUCCGAUUAAGAACCAAAAGAAAACAUCUCAAUCCAAUAAAAUUAACAAAGUAGAAGAGAGAGAAAAUUAUUCGUGUAUACUCAAUGAUAACUUCAGCGAACCUAAGUGGAUUAUGCAGCAACAAUCAACAGUAGGCCGUACAUCUGAUAGGAUUAGGAAAGUCCCGACAAGAAACCCCGAAAAUAAGAAAUGGUACGACUCAGCAGCAAUUCCUUUCAUGGAUGACGUCCAUUCAUCGAUGGACAACCUGCACACAGAUCAACGUAAGAAUCAACAAAUAUGA